UUUAGAAUGUUGUUUAAUUAUAUUUAAUCGAAAUUAAAUUAAAUUAUUAUAAUUGUUUUUUAGAAAAUAAUUACUAUUAAUGGUUACGGGUAACCAGGGUUUUCCCCCACUAGUUUACUAGUUAAUACUUGAGCAUUGUUAUUGGGCACCAGUGCUGCCCAGUACCUUCUAUAAGUGUCAGUCUACGAUUGGUAGCGAUAUUCCUUAAAACUUAUUUUCUUAAAUUAUAUGAGACCCGCUGCUUAAUUAUACCAAUAGCAACAUGACACUAACGAGGGUGCUAGGCACCAGUGGUGCCCUUUAGCAAUUCUCUUAAUACUCGCACCAUCAAAACCGUCCAAUUCUCUCAAUUCUCAAACCCUUCACAUAAGUUUAAGAAAAGUCUGGUCUCUCUUCAUUUUCCAUAACACAUUAUAAAACAAGUUCAUUAGAUCAAUACAUACAUAUAACUAACUUUGAGUGUAAAAGCCAUGGCUGUAUCACUAACACCACCAUAUAUUAUCUACUUGUUUCUUCUUCUCAUGAUGUUGCUAUGUUCCUCCACUGCUCAAACUCAAAUAAACAUAUCCGUAGGAUCAUCUCUUAUUGCAUCCAAAAACAAAAACUUGUUAUGGGAAUCGCCAUCUGGUGAUUUUGCUUUCGGUUUUCAGCAGAUUGGAAAAGGUGGCUUCCUACUAGCCAUUUGGUUCAAUAAAAUACCCGAGAAAACUAUUGUCUGGUCAGCCUAUGAUGGUAAUCUUGUGCAGGAAGGAUCCAAAGUUGAGUUGACAAAGCUUGGGCUUGUUCUCAAUGAUCACAAAGGCAACGAGGUUUGGAGUCCUGCUGUGGCUGAUGUUGCUUAUGGGGCUGUGUUAGACACAGGUAAUCUUGUCCUAGCAAACAACAACAAAACCAAUUUGUGGGAGAGUUUCGAUGAACCAACAGACACAUUGUUGGUGGGACAAACUCUGAGUCAAAACAAAAAGCUUGUUGCUCGCUAUUCGGAAACAAAUUAUUCAAGUGGAAGAUACCAUUUCGUACUACAGUCAGAUGGAAAUCUAGUGCUUUACACAAGAAGUUUCCCACGUGACACUCAAAAUUUCGCUUAUUGGGAUAUCAAAACUGAAAACGAAGGCUUUCAACUCAUCUUCAAUCAAUCAGGCUAUAUAUACCUUGAAGCAAAGAAUGGUACCAUACUAAACAUGUUAUCAUCAACUGGUAAUGCAGCACGAGAUUUCUACCAAAGGGCAAUUCUUGAAUAUGAUGGUGUUUUUAGGCAAUAUGUGUACCCGAAAAAGAAUUAUGGAAGCUCUAGUGGGUGGAGCAUGGCAUGGACUCAAUCAUCAACCUCCAUACCUUCCAAUAUAUGUCGAAGUAUGCUAGGACGAUUAGGAAGUGGAGCUUGUGGGUACAAUAGCUACUGUGUGAUAGGAAUUGAUCAGAAACCAAAUUGCCAUUGCCCAACUGGUUACACUUUCAUUGAUCCAAAUGAUAAGAUGAAAGGAUGCAUACAGACAUUUGAAGCUCAAAGUUGUGAUGAAGACUCAGGAGAUGUUAAUAAUUUUGAUUUUAUUAGCAUGGAAAACACAGACUGGCCUGCAUCUCAAGAAUUCGAGUAUUUUGAAGGGGUGACUGAAGACUGGUGCAGGAAGUCUUGCCUAGAUGAUUGCUUUUGUCCUGUUGCCAUUUUUAGAGGAAUUGAAUGUUACAAGAAAAGAAGUCCUUUCUCAAAUGGGAGGAUAGAUCCCACUUUUGCAGGGAAAGCUCUUAUAAAAGUAAGAAUUCGCAAUUCUACUUCAAUGACAGGAGGUGCAAAUUCAAAUACGAAAGAUCAAUCUACACUAGUACUCAUUGGAUCAAUACUUUUAAGCAGCUCAGCUUUUAUUAAUGUCCUUCAACUUGCAGCAUUCCUUUUUGUUCUUUUUCGCUUUCGUCAAAAAUCAAAGGUGAAUAAGCAAAAUACAUUCAUACCAGAAAUGAAUUUGCAAAUUUUCACUUAUGCGAAACUAGAAAAGGCCACCAAUGGUUUCAAUGAGCUACUAGGAAAGGGUGCUUUUGCUAGUGUCUUCAAAGGGGUUCUUUCAUUUGAUGACAAGCAAUGUUUGGUUGCUGUCAAGAAGUUGGAGCACAUGGUGAAAGAAAAUGAGCAAGAAUUCAAGGCGGAAGUAACUGCUAUUGGUCGUACGAAUCAUAAGAAUUUGGUGCAGCUAAUUGGGUUCUGUAAUGAGGGGCAGAACCGGCUUCUUAUCUACGAAUAUAUGAGUAAUGGAUCACUAGCAAGUUUUCUUUUUGAACCAUCAAAUAAGCCGAAGUGGUACCAAAGAAUGAACAUUGCAUUGGGGAUUGCAAGAGGGCUAUUUUACUUGCAUGAAGAAUGCAGCACCCAAAUCCUACAUUGUGACAUCAAGCCUCAAAACAUCUUACUAGAUGACUCUUACACUGCAAGGAUUUCUGAUUUUGGACUAGCGAAGAUGUUGAAGACCGACCAGACUCGAACCACUACUGGUAUAAGAGGAACCAAAGGAUAUGUAGCUCCCGAAUGGUUUAGAAAUAUGCCUGUCACAGUCAAGGUGGAUGUAUACAGCUACGGGAUUUUGUUGUUAGAGAUCAUUUGCUGCAGAAAGAAUGUUGAAGAACAUGUAGAGGAUGAUGCCCAAACGAUAUUGGGUGACUGGGCAUAUGAUUGCUAUGCAGGUGGGAAUCUUCAUUUUCUUGUUGAGAAUGAUGAUGAAGCAUCACAAGACAUGAAAAAGGUGGAGAAAUAUGUGAUGGUUGCAUUAUGGUGUAUCCAAGAGGAUCCAUCACUUAGACCCACAAUGAAGAAAGUUAUUCUCAUGCUUGAAGGGACUAUUGGAGUCUCAGUUCCUCCAGACCCAUCCUCAUUUAUCAGCUCAAUAUAGAUUCAAAAUUUUAUGCAAUAGUUCAUGUUGUCAAGUCAAAUUGUGUGUUAGUUUCAAUUUUAUUUUUGUAUUAUCCAUAAAUAAUUGAAAACAACUUUGUCAUGAAAUCAGU